ACCUGCCGCAAAUCCUCCUAAUCCGCCAGCACCUCGGCGUCGGCUGUCGGCAGCGGCAGGGAGACCACGUCGCUCCCACGCACCUUCCGACCCAGCGGGGACCCCCGGCCGGGCCCACGCCUCACCCAUGGGGAACAGCAAGAGCGGGACGCUGUCCAGGGAGAUCCUGGAGGAGCUGCAGCUGAACACCACGUUCACGGAGCAGGAGCUGUGCGCCUGGUACCAGUCCUUCCUGAAGGAGUGCCCCAGCGGCCGCAUCACGCGGCAGCAGUUCCAGGGCAUCUACGCCAAGUUCUUCCCCGACUCGGACCCCCAGGCCUACGCCGAGCACGUGUUCCGCAGCUUCGACGCCAACAGCGACGGCACCCUGGACUUCAAGGAGUACGUCGUCGCCCUGCACAUGACCACGGCGGGCAAGCCCAGCCAGAAGCUGGAGUGGGCCUUCUCCCUCUACGACGUGGACGGCAACGGGGCCAUCAGCAAGAGCGAGGUGCUGGAGAUCGUCAGGGCGAUUUUCAAAAUGAUCAAUCCCGAGGACAUGAAGCACCUGCCGGAUGAUGAGAACACGCCAGAGAAGCGAGCUGAGAAGAUCUGGGGCUUCUUCGGAAAGAAAGAUGAUGAUAAACUUACAGAGGAAGAGUUCAUCGAGGGGACCCUGGCCAAUAAAGAAAUUCUGCGACUGAUCCAAUAUGAGCCGCAAAAAGUGAAGGAAAGGUUAAAGGAAAAGGAAAAGAAUGCCUGAUGCCAACUGCUCCGCUCUCCUGCCGCCCGACCACUCAUAAAUGCACUCACGCACACACAUGCACACACGAGCACACACGCGCGUGUACACACACUCGUGCGCACAAACACACCCCAGGGGCCAAGAGAGAGGCCUCCAAACCCACAGCACGGUCCCUGCCAAACGGAAGUGUCUUUAGCGAUCUACUGGCUCCUUCUCCCCUGCCUUUAGAGCCCGUCCAGUUCCACCCACCUCCCCUCCCCUGCUCACCAGCCAUGCCUCCCAGGAUAAUCCCAGGAUUAGGUCACAGAAGUCCUAACUAUCACCCCUGUAUAAGCUCCUUUGUGGAUUGCUGGCUAAGCAGGUUCCAAUAAAUUCGAGAGUUUCUGGGCA